AUGGAGUCCAUCCACACCUCCAGUUCCGACCACGCUGCAGGGCGUGUUUUCCACGAGAAAUUGCCCGAGGAUCCUGCGCGCAUUUCUUCGCCGGCAACGCAUACAAGCCAUUUGAACAUCGACACGCAGUCCCGCGCCAUCCGCAAUGGUUCUGACUCCCCAGCCACGCCAGCGCGAACCCCGGAUGGCCAGACAACAGGCGAGACCACCCGAUCUCCUCAUGUUACGCUGCGCACCCUGCCCGCUUGGAUCCGAUCGGUCGAACAAGUCGAGAACGAUGGAGAAGAUGCCUCAGCAACGGAUCGGUUGCUGCCCUCCCAGCCCAAUGACGCGCAGGUUGCCCAGCAUAACCACACUCCUUACGCUACAUCCAGCCACGAUUUUGCCCAAACUCACGAUAGGGGACUCUUUGAAGAGGCGGCGCAGAAUCGGGAAUCACGGUGGGUAACGUUCUCACGUACGAUUCAGUACCCACGCGAAUUUGGUGGUGAAUCCAAGGAAGUCACGCCAGAGUGGAUGAAUGAAACCCAUGGGAACUACUCGGAGCCAUGGCGAGGCAAGCUCCUGGACGAGGACAGCCCAGAGCACCCGCUGCACAUCAAUACGCGUAGGCGAGAAAUUUGGAUCAAGCGAUUUAAAACCUCUCUGUUGAGAAGUCCAAUCGUGCCGCUGAUCCUGCGAUUGACGGUCUGGUGCUUCUCGCUUGCUGCGUUAGCUCUGGGCGGAUCUAUUCAACACUUGUCAGAGAAGGGCCACACAAAUCAGGGCCCAUCAGCAUUAAUGGCAAUCAUUGUCGACGCCGUAGCACUGGUCUACCUAGUAUACAUCACUUUCGAUGAAUACACAUCAAAGCCCCUGGGUUUACGCUCGCCUUCGGCCAAAGCCCGCCUCAUCCUCCUCGAUCUAUUCUUUAUCGUCUUCGAUUCUGCAAACUUGAGUUUGGCAUUUAACUCCCUGUCGGAUGUGACAGGCUCCUGCACAGAAGCAGAGGUCAACCAGGAAAUGGACCCUCGGAUUGACCCUAUCUGCGUGCGGCAGAAAGCUCUUGCAUCCGUUUUGCUGGUAGCCCUGCUUGCUUGGCUCUUGACGUUCUGCCUCAGUGUUCUCAGGUAA